GACAGACAAUUGCAAUUAGCAAUCAAGCAGAACAUUCCACUCAACAACCCCAGUCCCAAUCGGGAUGACAUAUCGCUCAUAGCAGGACAUGCGAAUGGGAUUCCCAAGGAGUGCUAUGAGCCUCUUUGGGAUGACCUUCUGAGAACUUUCCAGGGGAAAAUCAAAGCUAUCUGGUUCGCGGAUUGCUCCAAUCAAGGCGCCAGUGGAGUGCUGAACGAAGACAACCUUGGCGAUGAUCCGAACUGGUUUACCACUCUCGAGACUUGCUGGGCAUGGUGAGCCAUUUUAGUGAUCAGAUCAAGCCUCCAAUCGUAGGAGUUGCACAUAGUUUCCGCUGCUCGCAAUUUGUUCGUCUGUCUAUAAUGCACCCACGGCUCUUUAGUUCUCUCAUUUCCCUCGAGCCCAUGAUUCAAGUCGAAGGUCCCAGUAUAUUAGGUGGACGAAGUCCGGCUCUCUGGGCCAGCACCCGACCUGAUCUGUGGUCCUCAUCACACGAGGGCGAGGAGUAUAUCCGUAGCAACCCGUUCUGGCGCCGCUGGGACUCUCGUGCUGUCGAUAAAUAUACAAUAUGGCCUUCGUGCUCUCCCAACGGCUCUCUAUCCACUCAACGCCCUAGAAAGACCCUUUUUACCCGGUGCCGUGACUUUGGCCACGACAAAAGCCCAAGAGGCCUGGACAUAUUUGCGCCUCAAUGCAACACCUCAAAUAGACGGUAGUGACAAGAAUGGUGCUCUUUCCGGGGCGGAGCGCUGUCUAAGCCCGGAUCUAGCCCUCUCAGCCAAGGAAGGUGACAAUCACAACCGAGAUUAUGUGACAGUAUGCCCAUAGUCAUGUAUUGCCUUUGAACUUCUUUCAUACGUGCGGCCACCAGCCUUUUUCAUCUUCGGAGAGAAAAGUCAUAUCAAUACCCCCCGCGCGAAGGCAGGACAAGUUGAAUCGAAUUGGCACAGGGCUCGGCGGAGGCGGGCAAGUUCAAGCUAGGUCUAGUUGGGAGCCUCUCACAUGGCACCACUGGAGAGGGUGCACGAUACAGCUUGUCGCAUGUCUGACAGGUUAGAUAUUCAGCUAAAGGCAUACUGUGAGGAGGUGGAGUUUCGGGUGCGCCACGAUAGCAAGAAGCCAGAACAGAGUGAAAAGGGCUUAAUCGGCC